AUGGCUCACUCCGAAGAUUUGCGCAAGGCUGCAUUUGACGCCGAGAAAGACCUGAACUCCUACCAGGCCAAGCAAGGCCUUGGCAAGAAGAGUGACUCAACUCUCGAGUCUGGCGUCAACGAGAUGGUCGAGAAGAAGUUCGAAGAGCCCACUGGCGUCAAGUAUGGUCCUGGUUCUACUGCCUCAGGCAGUGACCACCGCAAGGUUCCCGAGGAUGAAGGUGGUAUCCGCGACGACCGUGGCCGCCUCGCUCAAGCGAAGCAGUUCAACGGCACCGGUGGCCCCGAGGAUGAUACCAAGAUCGCGUCCGAGCAGCGCGGUGGUGAUCAGGAGGUUCCCAAUUUGCAGGACAUGAAGCGCCGGGGUCUCGCCAACUAA